UACGUAACCUCGAUAUUUAUAUAGUUGAAGCUGUGUACCAUAACCUAUCUUGUUGUUUCUUCUGCGUUCCGUAAAUAGUGAUACCAGGAACCUACGUUUCAUGUUUGUCCCAUCGUUUCCCGUAAUAUUGUGAGAGAGCGGACGCGAGAGCUUGAAAAAUGGACGAUCUUAUGGAGGCCAUGGACGUGGAAAUGGUCCCUAUUGAGGAUGACAGCAAAGCUGUUGACUCGGACCAAACCAUUGAGAAAGCAUUUAACAUGAAAAACAAUCAAGUUCCUGAGAAAGUGGAGACUCGUUAUGAGAAUCGUGGUGGUACAUUCACCACAGGCAUAGAUAUAUUCAGCAAAGAGGAGAAGUUGAAAAUGGAAGAGAGAGCUAAACGUUUUGGGUUGACAGAGAAGAUAAAUAAUAGCUUGUCUAAUCAAGAGCAAGACUUGUAUUCCAGUAUGGGUAUUAUAGAAGACAAUGAGAAUACAAAGCAUGUCAGACUAAAUGUGAUACACAUGAGAGGAACUGAAGAUAUGAGCACCAAAGAUGUGUUCAAAUACUUUGAGGACUAUGCUCCGGCAUCCAUUGAAUGGAUCAAUGAUAUUUCAUGCAAUGUUGUAUGGUUAGAUAAUGUAUCAGCAGCUAGAGCUAUGUUAGGAUUGUCGAAAAGGAUUGUGGGUUUAGAAAAAGCAAGUCAGAAAAGUACUAAAACACACGAUAAUCCAGAUGAGGAAAAUAAUGUAACUAAUGAGGACUCUACAGUAGAAAUGGAGGAUGAGAAUGAUAGUACAAACGAUACAUCACAAACAGAUUGUAUUAACAUCAAAAAUAUUAAUUGUCCAUUGCCGCCUGGUUCAUGGAGGAAGGGUAUCGAUUAUCCCAAGUCAAAAGCAAUAUUUCUUAGGUUUGCUAGUAGAGCUGAUAAGAAGCAGCAUAAUGCAGAGAAGAUGAGUGAAUAUUAUAAGAAAUACGGGAAUCCUAACUUUGGAGGUAUCAAAGGAAUCUUAACUGAAUCUCGUAAAAGAAUGUACAAACAAAUUAGACAGACUAAGAAAAGAUUCAAAGAGGAGGAUCAAGAAGAUUCGAAAAAUCAGAAACGGGCAAAGAAUCCAUGGGGUGCAUUGUCAGAAAGUUGGGGUAUGAAUGAUUUUGUAGAAGAUGAUUUUGGGACGACAAAUGAUCACAAAGAUCAAGGACCCAGUGUUAAAGAGAGACUGGGUGUAAAGUAUCCUUCAAAAGAUCCGACGCCUGUACAGGAAAAAGAAACCAGUGAAAGCAGCGAUAGUGAAAAUGACUGGUGCAAAAGAAGUAAAGUACUGAGGAUGCGGAUGCAUGCGGAUGACGAGGAAGAAAAGAUCCACAAAAGACGCGCGAAAAUUCGACAGCAAACAUUGUUGAAUAAUUUCGACAAGGGUAAUGAUUUACGGUCGAGGCUUGGUAGAUCAAGGAAAGCAACGCAGUUCCGUGAUGCGAUCCAAGUGGUUGUGACGAAUACGAAUGCAACGAAGAUGAAUUCGAUAAAAGCUAACGACUCAGAGGAAGAAGAUGGUGAGAUUAUAGAGGAGGACGAAAGUCAAGAAAAGGAGGAAGGUGAGUGGCAAGAAUCCGAUGAGGAAGAACAAGAAGAAGAAGACGAAGAGGAAGAUUAUAGCGAUGAAGAUAGCGAUAGACCAGCAAAAGAAGUUCAAGGCCCUAAAGGCAGUGUAAUAAAAGUGGUUCAGAAUAAACCCCGCGUUGCUUCUACGGUAUGGGCAAGAUUAAACAAUGUAGUAAAAAGCGAAGUCACCGACAGCUCUGUCAAAGACAGGCAAUCAAGAGUACGGGACCUAAGAAGUACUCUAAAAAGCGGUGAUCUUCGAUCUCGUAUCGGUAGUCACACAAGAGGACGUUCUCCUUUAAGGAUAGAAGUAAAAAACGAUAAAUAUACAGAGGAAGGAAGUGAGGCGGAAUAAUUGUUGAUCAAUGAAACGAAUAAACACGCGAGACACGGUUGUGAUGUUACAUUUCAGUAAUGAAC